AAAAUAAAUACUAAACAGUGGGCUGAUUUUGAAAGAAGAUAACCAUUGCUUUCCAUAUGAUGAUGAAAGCCAAUAGGGGUUUGGGGAAUUCAAGAUUCCACAGAGACUCGUGGUGUCAUUUUCCAGUUGCAGAUGGACGUAGUACGAGCUCAGUGGUGCGAGCUUGAUCAGAAGGGAACUGGUCCUGGAGCUAGAAGCUCACAUGCAAUCACCCUUGUAGGUCACAAGGCCUAUGCUUUUGGUGGCGAGUUCACCCCUCGUGUCCCUGUCGAUAACAACCUUCACGUCUUCGAUCUCCAGACCCAGGCAUGUUCCGUCCCCCAAGUCACCGGCGACAUUCCUCCGCCGCGGGUUGGUGUCACGAUGGCCUCUGUAGGCAAAACCAUCUAUGUGUUUGGUGGUAGGGACGCUACGCAUAAGGAGCUGAACGAGCUCUACUCUUUUGACACUUUACAAACAAGUGGACGCUACUAUCUAGUGGUGGACAGCGGCCCGCCUCACCGGACAUACCACUCAACCACCUCCGAUCAACGACGCGUGUACAUCUUUGGUGGUUGUGUUUCGGGUCGGUUAAAUGACCUAUGGGCCUAUGAUGUGGUGGAAGAGAAAUGGGUCCAGUGUCCAACAGCAGGAGAAAAUUGCAAGGGCAGAGGUGGGCCUGGGCUGGCCAUAGCCCAAGGAAAAAUAUGGGUUGUUUAUGGGUUCGCCGGGCUGGAGGUGGACGACGUGCAUGGUUUUGAUCCGGCGAACGGGAAGUGGGAGCAAGUAGAGACAUGUGGCGAGAAACCAACGGCUAGAAGUGUAUUUUCAACUGUUGGGAUUGGGAAAUACAUAAUCAUAUACGGUGGAGAAGUGGACCCCAGCGACUUGGGCUACCUGGGUGCCGGGAAGUUCACCGGCGAGGUUUGGGCGCUGGACACAGAGGCUUUAAGGUGGCAGAGGGUGGAUGAUGGGGUGGGGUCAGAGAACCAUCCUGGGGCGAGAGGUUGGUGUGCCUUUGGUUCGGGUAGAUUGAAUGGGAAAGAGGGGCUUUUGUUGUAUGGAGGGAACUCUCCAAGCAAUGAGCGGCUGGAUGAUAUUUUCUUCCUCAGUCCUUGCCUGGACUCAAAUGAAAAAGACUAGA